CUUAGCAACCUGCUUCUAGUACAAAGCACCCCGGGGAUUAGAGUUUUAUCUCUGCGAGGUUGGGGGGAGAGCGUUUGCACACUUGUGGCGCGGCUUUGCGGUGUUUUAUUUCACACGGUUCGGGAGCAGGCUGCGCCACCAGAGCCCGCGGCACCCUCGGACUGCCGCCGCAGUCAAGCGGGCAGCGAUGGCAGCCGCUCCGCACUACAAGUCCCGGGGCUCCGCGCGGGCACGGCGGGCAUGCGCGCCGCCGGCCGGCUGGUGCAGGUUGCGCUGAACCUGGUCGGACCUGAGUGACGACCGAUGCGAAAGUCCAGCCUGUGUUCCGGAAGAGUUGCUCAACUCACGCUCUCGCCGAAGGAAUAAUGCUCGAGUUAAGGAGCCGCUUGAUAUAAUGGCUGUUGAAGAUUGACCUGGUUUAAAAUCUCCCAAAAUGACGGUGAAGGCAUUAGGGUGUGUUGGUUCGUGCAUGUUGAUCCCAUUACUCUGAUCAUCUAAAGCCUGCUUGACAUUGGCCUGAGGUGGAGUGUAUACUACUACCAAAUGAUCCCAGAGAACUCCCGCGUCCAAAGACGUACCAAUCGCUGUCCAUUGUAAUAACCAGAAUGGUGUGGAACACGCAGUCCGUACUGAAGAUGUAAGCCUACAAGUACUGGGUGAUCCAGAGGUCUUGAGUUCAAAUGAUGACAAGACAUUAAGGAUUGUGGAAUCCAAUGACGCCUCAAAGAGUCUUCAUGUGCUGGAAACUGAGUCAGUGAAGACAGAUUUUCCUCGUAUCAAGCCACUCUGAUCUUGUGAAGUGGACAUCUUUCCGGAGGCACUGUUUCAAACACACACAAAAUGCUGGAGGAACUCGGCAGGUCGGGCAGCAUCUUUGGAAAUGAAUAAUCAGUCGACGUAUCGAGCCCUGACGCUUCUUCAAAUCUGGAAGGGAAGAGGGAAGGCGCCAGAGAAUAAAAAGUCAAACCCUGGUCAAGUGAAGCUAAGCAAACCAGUAGCUUUAUGGACUCAGCAGGAAGUCUGUAAAUGGCUGAAGAAACACUGUCCCAAUCAGUAUCAGACCUACAGUGAGUCCUUCAAACAACAUGAUAUAACAGGUCGAGCACUCCUCCGAUUGACCGACAAGAAGCUGGAGAGAAUGGGCAUCGUGCAGGAAGCACAGCGACAGCAUGUGCUGCAGCAAGUCCUGCACCUGAGAGUCCGAGAGGAAGUUCGGAACCUGCAGCUGCUAACUCAAGCAGGUAUUGUGCAACAAACUUCAAGAACAAGAAGGCCAUCGGUUAGCAUUCAGAAGAGGGAAGCUCUGAGCGAUGAGCCUGGGGAGCUUGAAGAUAGAGGAGCAACUCGCAGAGCCUCUCUGGGAAGUUCGCCGUAACUUCAAGAUUUUGAAGCUCUUGUUUCUCAAUCAUGACACAAAGACAGAAAACCUCUGGCUCUCUAUUCUCUGCUGUACUGCAGAGUGGUAUCUGUGAACUACUGGAAAAUCACUGUACUGAGCAAUUUCACUUGAAACUUUUACAAACUGAAGGAAUUUAUGAUCCGGAUGUACAUCACCAUGUAUAUUAUUCAACUCUUCCAAACUCAAAGACUGUCUAAGAACUUCAAUUAUUUAAUGGUCACUAUUUUUAAGUAGUUAGAUACUUAACUAAAAAGCUUUGAUUAUCCCGGUCUUGUUGUGUAAUAAAGGUUCAGUUUGCGUGAGGUUCAAAUAAUGCUUUGCACCCGUAAGUUCUUCCUUUUGAUGUCAGAAGUUGAUACUUGUUUUAUCAAAGUUAUGGUCAAAGUAAAAAUUAUUAUUUAUUAUGGUAGUAUGUUGUAAUAUACUACCUUGAGAUUCAUUUUCUUGCAGGCAUUUACAGGAAAAUAAAAAUAGUGUAGAAUUUAUGAAAAGCGAUACAUAAACGAAGACUGACCAAUGUGCAAAAGAAGACAAAAUGUGCAAGUAGUAAAUCAUACUGAGAACGUGAGUUGUAAGAAUCCUUGAAAGUGAGUCUGUAGGUCGUAGAACCAAUUCAGAGUUGAGGUGAGUGAACUUACCCACGCCGGUCCAGGAGCCUGAUGGUUGAAGGGUGACAACUCUUCCUGAACCAGAUAGUGUGGGACCUACGGUUUCUGUAUCUGCUGCCUGACGAUGGUAGUGAGAAGAGAGCAUGGCCUGGAUGGUGGGGGUCCUCGAUGAAGGAUGUUAUUUUUCUGUGGCAGUGCUCCAUGUCAAUUUUAGAAAUAAUAUAAUAAUUUUAGGAAUAGUAUAAUUAAAUAAUGAUUGCUUGCAAAGAGAUACCAACCAGUAGGAGUAAGGGGUAAGUACAGUUGUUAUCCCCUUUGCAUUUAAUAGUCAAGAGUGUUAAAUUGAAAAUAAUGUCUGAGUUCAAUGAUCAAAGUUCAAGUUCAAAGUAAAUUUUUUUAUCACCAUAUGCUGCCCUACCCUGAGAUUCAUUUUCUUACAGGCAUUCACAGUACAACGAAGAAAUACAAUAGAAUCAUCCACCACAAUCAGGGUUUCUGACCAAAUCCAGCUUAAAUUGUAGGAUGUAAAAUCUUUCCUAAACGUGCAUUCACGUUCAUUCUGUUAAAACAAAUUAGUCAUUUAUCGCCGGUGUUUCCCCUCGUCAUUAUGCACUUAAGAGAAGUCCUCCAUCUCAAUUAGACAUAACAUCUGGGAGUAUAAGCAGAAUUGGAUUGAAACUGACAUUUAUUUAAAGGAAAAUUGCACAGUAAGAACAGCAAGUUUUAAUUUAUUUAACGGUACGACAUUUUGUCAAUUCUACAUAAUGAGAGAAGUGUUGGUCUGCUAUAAUGUGCCAUCCGCAUUACAGCAGGCAGAUCAUAAAUAAUUGGGGCACCACGGUUGCGUAGUGGAUAGUGAAACGCUGUUACAGCUCAGGGUGUUCCUGAGUCUGGAGUUCAAUUCUGACUCCAGACUGUAAGGAGUCCCUGUACAUUCUCUCUGUGGAAUGCGUGGGGUUUUCUCUCACAGUCCAAACACAUACUGGAUAGGUUAAUUGGUCAUUGUAAAUUGUCCCGUGAUUAGGUUAGGGUUGUCAGGGGUUGCUGGGGCGACAUGGCUUGAAGUGUCAGCAGGGCCUACUCUGUGCAGUGUUGCUCAAUAAAUAAAUAGCAGGUUUUCGUAGGAUGUUUGCUGACGAUUGUUAAAAGUGUAGUCUUAGUACCAUAAACUGAACUGUAUAAUGUGUUCCUUUUUUAAACAAGCUGUAAAUCACCCAAUUAAUGAUGUGAUGUUGUAAUCCAAUAUACGCUCAGUGGCCACUUUAUUAGGUACAGGAGUGGAACCCAGUGUGGUCUCUGCUGCUGUAGCCCAUCCACUUCAAAGAUUGACAUGUUGUGCAUUCAGAGAUGCUCCACUGUUGUAACGUGUGGUUAUUUGAGUUACCGUCACCUUGAACCACUCUGGCCAUUCUCUUCUGACCUCUCUCAUUAACAAUGCUUUGUUGCCCACAGAACUGCUCCUCACUGGAUGCUUUUUGUUGUUCGCGCCAUUCUCUGUAAGCAGUAGGGACUGUUGUGAAUGGAAAUCCCAGGAGGUCAGAAAGUUUCUGAAAUACUCAAGCCACCCAUCUAGCACCAAAAAUCAUUCCACAGUCAAAGUCACUUAAGAUCACAUUUCUUCCCCAUUCCGAUGUUUGGUGUGAACCACAAUUGACUUUCUUGACCCUGUCUGCAUGUUUUUAUGCUCUGAGUUGCUGCCAGAUGAUUGGCUGAUUAGAUAUUUCCAUUAACGAGCAGGUGUAUAGAUGUACCUAAUACAGUGGCCACUGAGUGGAAAAAUAUGAUUUUAUAAUUUACUUCAUAGUCUAAAGGAAACAUCUAGCAUUUUGGAUUUAUUUAUUUUCUGAGUUUAAAUGGUUUAGCACGGACGAGAUGGGCCAAAGGCCCUGUUUCUUUGUUGUACUUUUCUAUGACUCUGUGAAUUGAAGUAUGCAUUAUUCCUAUGAAAUCAGCUUGCAAAUAGCCACCUGUUUGAUUCAGGUAUUUUUAGUGGAUAUUACGCAAUGUUUUCCUUUUGUUUUUAAUUUAAUAUAAUCUGCAUGUGGUAACUUGCAUACAAAAAAUAUGGAUGAACACUGAACUGGCUAGGAAAUUGACCAAAUCACAGGAGAAAGAGAAGAGGUGAGAAUGAAGUAGGCUGAAAAAUUGACAAAAUGUCACUCACGGGGUCCCAUGAGUUUCAGUGUAUAGGCUAUAAUUAAUAACUGCACUUAACUGAAUUGGACGAAAGAUCAAAAGACUCAUAUCCAAAUCUACCAUGCUCUUGAAUGUGGCGUCACAGGUAGAUAGAGUUGUCGAGUAAGUUUUUGGCACGUUGGCCUUCAUAAAUUAAAGUACUGAGUACAGGAAUUAGGAUGUUGUGUUGAGGUUCUAUAAGACGUCAGUGGGGCCUAAUUUGGAGUAUUGUGUGCGGUUCUGGUCACCUGCUUACAGGAAGGAUAUCAAUAAGAUUGAGAGAGUGCAGAGAAAAUUUACAAGGAUGUUUCUGGCAUUUGAGGACCUGAGUUAUAGGGAAAGGUUGAAUAGGAAAUAAUUCGGAAGGUGUGUCGCUUGGGUGGUUGAUGGUUGGGUUGAGUUGUCCUCCGAUCUUGGCAGCUUACUUGCAAAAGCUUCGUCACCAUGCGAGGAGACAGCAUCAGUGCACUGUUAAUUGUGACAUGUCCUGCUUGGCCUUUAUAUACCUAUCUAUCAGCAUAUUGGUCGCCAUUGACACAAUCAACAGUGCACUGACGGUGUCUCCUCAUAUGGUGUCAAAAUAUUUGCAAGUAAAUUGCUAAGAACGGAGGAUAAUUCAGCCUAAUGGUUGAAUAGGUUAGGACUUUAUCCCCUAGAGCAUAGAAGAUUGAGGGGAGAUUUGGUGGAGGUAUACAAAAUUAUGAGGGGUAUAGAUAGGGUAAAUGCAAGCAGGCUUUUUCUGCUGAGGUUGGGUGAGACUAGAACUAGAGAUUGAGGGUUCUUCUUCACUCAGAGGGUGGUGAGAACAGUCAGCACAAGUGGUGGAUAUAGGUCGAUUUCAACAUUUAAGGGAAUUUGGAUUGGUGCAAGGAUGGGGGGAUAUGGUCCAGGUGCUAUGCAGAUUAAAGGUUCAGCAAGAAUUUUAUGGCUCAAAGGGCCUGUUUCUGUGCUCUAGUAUUCCAUGACUCUAAUGACACAAAGAUGAGUAAGAUCGUACCUAGUGUUAAUGGGGCACUGACUUGCAAAGAUUAUUCACAAACUGAACAAACUGUGGCAUCUGGAUAAUAUAAUUGAAGUGUCAUGGAUAAUUUCAAAUGGAAUAUUGGCCCUUAUGUCCAAAAUCAAAGAUUAUAAAGGGAUAAUUUCGUCAUAAUUAUGCAAAGCAUUGGUUAUACUCCACCAGGAGUACUGAGCAACACAUCUUAAGAAGCAUUUAUUGUUCAUGGAGAAAAUAUUAAAUAAAGAGUUUGGUCUUUCCUGAGUGAAACUGGGAAGAACUUUUACAUGGUACACAUUUGGAACUCUUCCUCACAUGUCGAUUUGCUGGUAAGUCAAUCGUUAAUUUUAAAUCUGAGGCUGAUGAAUUUUUGUUGCCCAGGUCUUCACACGAGGGAAGUGAAUCGAUUUUGUUCCUACAGUCCUAUUUGUUGUCUAUACAAAAUAUGCAAUGCAGAGUGAUUAUAUCCUGUUAUACUGACCAGAGCACACAGCCUCAGAAUCGAGGGAUGUCCAUUUAGAAUGGAGAUGAGGAGGCAUUUCUUCAGCCAGGGAGUGAUGAAUCUGUGGAAUUGGUCGCCACAGGCAGCCGUAGAAACCAGGUAUUUACGUAUGUUUAAGACAGAGGUUGAUAGAUUAUUGAUUAGUCAGGGCAUUAAAGGAUACGGAGAGAAGGCAGGUGAUUGUGGCUGAGAGGAAAAAUGGAUCAGCCAUGAUGAAAUGGUGAAGCAGACUUGAUGGGCCAAAUUGCCCAAUUCUGCUCCUACAUUUUAUAUGGUCUUAUAUUCAGAGAGUGCAUCCAAAUGGACAAAUAGCACUACUAAAUUCCAUCUCCUCUGACUUGACUUUGAAAUGAAAACUCCUAGCUCAUACUUGGAAAGAGAAAAAUUAAGAGGAAGAAGGAAUUAUCGAACUAAAUUACCAGUGAAAGCAUUGAAAUAGCUUCCUGCUCCUUUUUUUCAUGCAGUAUAACUGCUUUGAAAUUCAUCAGAUAUAGAGGCAUUUUAUUUUUGGGAUGGUUACACAUUGUACAACAAUAACAUCUAUAAUCAAACUUUAAAGUAAAUUAUAAUCAAAAUACGUACACUCAGUGGCCACUUUAUUAGGUUCCUCAUCUACCACAGAGCGUGCAUUCGUGGUCUUCUGCUGCUGUCGCCCAUCCACUUCAAGGUCCAACAUGUUGUGAAUUCAGAGAUGCUCUUCUGCACACCAACGUUGUAAUACGCGGUUAUCUGAGUUGUGCCACCUUCCUGCCAGGCCAUUCUCCUCUGACCUCUCUCAUUAACAAGGUGUUUUUGCCCAUAGAACUGCCAAGUACUGGAUUUUUUUUUGUUUUUUUGCACCAUUCUCUAUAAACUCCAGAGAAUGUUAAGUAUGAACAUCCCAGGAGAUCGGCAGUUUCUGAGAUACUCAAACCACCCAAUCUGGCACCAAUGGUCACAUUUCUUCCCCAUUCUGAUGUUUGGUCUGUACGCAACUGAACAUCUUGACCAUGUCUGCAUGCUUUUAUGCAUUGAGUUGCUGCCACAGGAUUGGCUGAUUGAUAUUUGCAUUAAUGAUCCGCCGUACCUAAUAAAGUGCCCCCCGAGUGUAUUUGUGCCAUGAAACAUCCCUUCUUUUAGCCGUCUGAUCAGAGAUGAGAUUGCCAGACUUUGCAGGCUUGAGUCAUGAAGAUGAGCAGUUAGUUCUGAUCGUUGUCAAUAAUAUGUACUGAUGGUGUGUUAUCUGUUACCAUAGAUUAACAUGAGUCAUAACUUUUAACAAUGGGUUCUCUUUAACUCAAGGGAUGAAUUAGAUUCAACAAAGUGAAUUUGAAGGUUCAAUAAAGCUUAGGUUGUUUUACACAACAAUGGCCAAGGUACUGAAUAUCAUCUCUUCAUUAAAUGUUUGCCAGAAGUUUGAAUUUUCAUUACCCUCCCCAUUGCAAAUGAAAGUAAAAGAAGAAAUUCCUCAAAAUUAAUUGAUAUUUUUUUGAGAUGGAAUACCCGAUAAAAAUUUCAUAAUACCAUGUUUAUGAAAUCGUAUCUGAAAUCUGCUAACCUUGAUUGAAAAGAUGAAAAUUGGUGAUUAAAUUCAGAACCAAUUUUGAAGGGUUCUUAGCAGUGUGCAAAAACAAAGGGAUGUUGGGGUCCACGUCCUCAAAGUUGCUGCACGCGUUGAAAGGGUUACUAAGAGGGCGUAUGGUGUGUUGGCCACAUUGGUAGGACUUUUGAGUUCAAAUGCCAGGAGGUAAUGUUGCAGCUCUAUAAAACGUUGGUUCAACCACACUUGGAAUACUGCGUUCAGUUCUGGUCACCUCAUUAUAGGAAGGAUAUGGAAGCUUCAGAGAAGGUACCGAGGAGAUUUGCCUGGAUUGCAGAAAAUGUCUUAUGAGAAUACGUCAAGCAAGCUCGGGCUAUUCUCUUUGAAGUGAAGGAGGGUAAGAGGUGACUUGAUGGAAGUGUACAAGAUGAUAAGAGGCAUAGACUGAGUGGACAGGCAGAGACAUUUUCCCAGGAUGGAAUGGUAAGUGCAAGGGUGCAUAAUGUUAAUGUGAUUAGAACAAAGAAUAGUGGGUGGCGGGGAUGUCAGAGGUUUUUCUACACAAAGAGUGGUGGGUGUGUGGAACACGUUGCCUUGGGUGACGGUAGAGGGGCAUUUCAGAGACUGUUAGGUACAUGGAUCAUCGAAAAGUGGAUUGUUAUGUGGAAGGGAAGGGGUAGAUUGAUUUUAGAGUAGGUUAAAAGGUCAGCACAAAUUGUGGGCCAAAGCCCUGAACUGUGCUGUAAUGGUCUCUGUCUGAUUUCUUUCAACUCUAUCAUCUGGUCCUUAGUCAUCGCCUCUGCUUCUACCACUUCCUGUUAUCUCCAUCUCUGCUGGGUUUUUUUCUUUUAAUUUUCUCCUUAACCACUUUAUUUUAAGUAAAUCCAAGUGACCUCAGUGUUUGGCUAACUCUAUAGUACUGGUGCUGUUUAACAUAUUUGGGACUUGAACUGUUUAUCAGACCACUUCUCUGAACACUCAAUAGGCUCUAAAAUAUUUUUAUGCAUUUGCACUUGUCGAAAAAGAUUCUACAGUAAUUGUGGUUUCUGUUUGUAGAAUCAUUUUUAAAAUUUUUUUAAUUUCAAAAGUUUCAGUACUCUGAAUGAAUGAAAGUAUUUUUUUCUAUCUUGGUUUUCUAAGUUUUCUACUAGUUGUUUUCACUACUCUCUAACAGAAUUGUUAAAUAGCCAUGAGAGAGAAGAACAAAUGCAUAGAAAUAGUUACCAAGCAGUAAUCUCAUAGAGAAACACUUUGCUUGAGUAUACUUUGUAAUAGUCAUCGACGUGAACGUGGUUACCACUCAAAAAUUAGUAGCAGUAAUUCCUGGUCCAUUAGUAGUUUAAGAUUUUCAUUACAAUGCAUGUUAGGACAGAUAUUGUCAACAGCGUUGAAAGAUUAAAUCACAUUGAAUGAAGAUACGCAUUUUGUUUCCAGAAAGACAAACUGUUUGUGUUUUGUGCACUAUUACACCAUUAUGCUACAGACUGUUUUUAAAGAAAAAUAAAGUUUUGCUAAUGCCAAUUGUUAAUAUUAUGAAGCACUGUCUUUUCCUAUUAAACUGGAAAACUGUUCAAUCCAAUUAAGAAUUGUAUUGCUCCGGUAAAUAUCAUAUUUCUACAAAGGGGUUUAAAAUAAUGUGCUGCAAUUUAUCCCAUCCAAUCACUUGAAGUACACUCAGUGGCCACAUUAUUAGGUACAGGAGUCAAACCCUGUGUGAUCUGCUGCUGUAGCCCAUCCAGUUCAAGGAUUGACAUGUUGAGCAUUCAGAGAUGCUGUUCUGCACACCACUGUCAUAACACAUGGUUAAUUGAGUUACUGUCACCUUCCUGUCAGCUUGAACCAGACUGGCCAUUCUCCUCUGACCUCUCUCAUUAGCACCAUUCUCUGUAAACUGUAGAGAGUGUUGUGUGUGAAAAUCAGCAAGUUUCUGAGAUACUGAAAUGACCCUGUCUGGCACCAACAAUCAUUCCACGAUCAAAGUCACUUAGGUCACAUUCCUUUCCCAUCCUGAUGAUUGGUCUGAACAGCAAAUGAAUCUCUUGACCACGUCUGCAUGCUUUUAUGCAUUGAGUUGCUGCUACAUGAUUGGCUGACCAGAUAUUUGCAUUAAUGAGCAGGUGUAGCUAAUAAAGUGGCGACUGAGUGUGUAUGCAAACUAAAAAGUGAAAUAGAGAACAGUGGAGCUCCAGAAGUUAAUAUCUGAAAGUAGACUGAAGGGAGGGAAGAAAGAUGUACUGUAUUUAUGCAUGUAUAAAAACGUGAUGUUCAUAAUAAAGAUGUAAUGGUUGUAGUAUUUAUAAUAAGCAUCAGUAGUUCUUUUCAUGUUGAGUGGCUGGAAUUUAAUAUUGUGGAUGUUCCAAAAUACAAAAUAUUUUAAUAUUUGUUUUUAGAUAUCUUAAUAGUAAUUUCAAGUAAAAUAGAGUAAUUCAGACAGUGAGUUUGUUGUUUCCUUGUGAUAGAGAAAACUUUGUACAAUAGACCUCAAAUAGUCAGGAUGCACAAUCGCUCCUAACUCUGCCGGUCAUCAUCCUGACUGCACAGCCAAACACCUGAGUAAUCACAUUGUAAAGGUCACCGGUGACACGCAGUGGUGGGGCUCAUCACCAACAAAGACGAAACGGCCUACAGAGAGGAAGUGGGAGAGUUUGAGGCCUGAUGCCAGGCAAUUAACCUCUUUAAUGUCAACAAGAUGCUUAUCAACCAGGAGAACUCGCACCGCUCACACCAGCCCUGUCCCCCCGCCCCACUUACAUCA